UGCGCGGCGCCCGCCCUCCCUCAGUCAGAGCUUCUCGUCUGAGGCUGCUGAGGCGGCGGCUGGUUUCGUGGUCGCGGUACCUGUUCCAACACGGCUCGCGGGCCCGUGCCGGCCCCGGUCCCCGGCGCGGCUGUCCGAGCCCCUGCGGCGGGCGGGCGAUGGUGCGGCGGAGCGCGCGGACGCGGGCGGCGCGGCGGCGGGCAUGAAGGAGGAUGGAAGGGCAGGACGAGGUGUCGGCGCGGGAGCAGCACUUCCACAGCCAAGUGCGGGAGUCCACGAUAUGUUUCCUUCUUUUUGCCAUUCUCUAUGUUGUUUCCUACUUCAUCAUCACAAGAUACAAGAGAAAAUCAGAUGAACAAGAAGAUGAAGAUGCCAUCGUCAACAGGAUUUCGUUGUUUUUGAGCACGUUCACUCUCGCAGUGUCAGCUGGGGCUGUUUUGCUUUUACCCUUCUCAAUAAUCAGCAAUGAAAUCCUGCUUUCUUUUCCUCAAAACUACUAUAUUCAGUGGCUAAAUGGCUCCCUGAUUCAUGGUUUGUGGAAUCUUGCUUCCCUUUUUUCCAACCUUUGUUUAUUUGUAUUGAUGCCCUUUGCCUUUUUCUUUCUGGAAUCAGAAGGCUUUGCUGGCCUGAAAAAGGGAAUCCGAGCCCGCAUUUUAGAGACUUUGGUCAUGCUUCUUCUUCUUGCGUUACUCAUUCUUGGGAUAGUGUGGGUAGCUUCAGCACUCAUUGACAACGAUGCCGCAAGCAUGGAAUCUUUAUAUGAUCUCUGGGAGUUCUAUCUACCCUAUUUAUAUUCCUGUAUAUCAUUGAUGGGAUGUUUGUUACUUCUCUUGUGUACACCAGUUGGCCUUUCUCGUAUGUUCACAGUGAUGGGUCAGUUGCUAGUGAAGCCAACAAUUCUUGAAGACCUGGAUGAACAAAUUUAUAUCAUUACCUUAGAGGAAGAAGCACUCCAGAGACGACUAAAUGUGGGAAUGCUCUGUGCAGGAAAUCCAGAAGUUGCAAUGGGAAGACAAGUGCCAGAAGAACAAGCUGGACAGCUACUUUUGGGAAAAUGGAUUCAGGAGGGAGGAGACAUGACAGCAAACCCAUGGCUGUCUUCAUCAGUGGAAUACAACAUAAUGGAGUUGGAACAAGAACUUGAAAAUGUAAAGACUCUUAAGACAAAAUUAGAGAGGCGAAAAAAGGCUUCAGCAUGGGAAAGAAAUUUGGUGUAUCCUGCUGUUAUGGUUCUUCUUCUUAUUGAGACAUCCAUCUCGGUCCUCUUGGUGGCUUGUAACAUUCUUUGCCUAUUGGUUGAUGAAACAGCAAUGCCAAAAGGAACAAGGGGGCCUGGAAUAGGAAAUGCCUCUCUUUCUACGUUUGGUUUUGUGGGAGCUGCACUUGAAAUCAUUUUGAUUUUCUAUCUUAUGGUGUCCUCUGUUGUCGGCUUCUACAGCCUUCGAUUUUUUGGAAACUUUACUCCCAAGAAAGAUGACACAACUAUGACAAAGAUCAUUGGAAAUUGUGUGUCCAUCUUGGUUUUGAGCUCUGCUCUGCCUGUGAUGUCGAGAACACUGGGAAUCACUAGAUUUGACCUACUUGGCGACUUUGGAAGGUUUAAUUGGCUGGGAAAUUUCUAUAUUGUAUUAUCCUACAAUUUGCUUUUUGCUAUUGUGACAACAUUGUGUCUGGUCCGAAAAUUCACCUCUGCAGUUCGAGAAGAACUUUUCAAGGCCCUAGGGCUUCAUAAACUUCACUUACCAAAUACUUCAAGGGAUUCAGAAACAGCCAAGCCUUCUGUAAAUGGGCAUCAGAAAGCACUGUGAGACACACAGACAGCGUCUUUUGCCACCAAGAGACCCGAGAACUCCAGACUCACGACAUUCCUGUCCCAUGUAGAAGCAUUUGCAUUUCAACCUUGGCUCCUCUUCAGAACCUAGACCUACCAGUGCCAUUUUUUUUUUCAUGAUCUGCGAAGAACUUGGCUAUGGCUGAUCUUUUUUAAAUUUAACUUUCUGAUAGACCCUGUAGUUUCCAGUUAAAAUUGUUUUCACCUGAUAUGAAAAUGUUAGAAAAGGCAAACUCUGGGACUUUUAAAGAUUUACUUAAAUCCCAUUAUGUACUUUAUUCAGAAUGUAGAAGCCGACCUGAAAGGCAUCCUUGGUACUAAGUGAAGCUUCUUCAGAAAAUGCAUUUUUCAAAUGCCAUGGGAACUGCUUGUAGAUAUUAUUUUUGCAGUGUGUGUUGGAGCUGUAAUGGUUGCAAUUAUGUUUCUUAUUUCCUUAAAAGCAAAAAGCGUAGUUUCUGAUUUAUGUUAUAGAAUGAUACUGAUUAGACCUUGAGCCAAGGGGAAAAUACUAAAUUCUUUUAAACCUUAGAGAGCCACAGGAAUUACCUUCUGUUGUACAGUCUAAUAAGCUGUGGCAGGAAGUAUCAUGUAAUCACAGUUUAAUGAGUUUAUCUGUAUAAUUCAGUAUUCCCUCUGAUAACAUAGUUGCCAGUGUUUAAUACACUUGUAACUUGGAUUUUUGCCUUAUAGGCUAUAUGUAUACUCAGUUUUUUAAAGCAUUGUUUUCAGAGAUCACUUAAUUCCUCAUGCUUCUGUAAUGCGUAUAAAAACUAUAAAUGCCGAGUGGUAGAAACUCCUCUUUCCUCAUAGCCCUCAGGCUUUGGUUACUUUUACAUAUGCCAUUUGAAGCCUCCAGCUUUUACCAGUUUAACAUCCAGAGUUCACAGCAUCAGCAUUCAUGGUGUAAGAACAGUUUUGCAGUAUAACACCAUCUGAUAAUCAUUCAGUUAUUAAAUUGUAAAUAAUUAUUAGGAUGGUUUCUUGGCUUUAAGUCUACUGAAUAAAAGCUAUGAAAUGGCACUCUGCUAACCAACCACUAGGAUAGAAUACGGAAAUCUGUGCAUGUGAAAAUAGGAGAUGGGCCCAUUUGCGCACAAUUCGUAGUUACGCAAUCUACUAUAUAAAUAUUUCACAUGCACUAUGUGUAUGAGAAUAGAUUGUUCAGACAAAAGUAAAACUUUUUUUCAAAUUGCUACAUUUAAAAGUUUUCUGGAAGAAAUUUAUGGAACACAGGCUGUGUCUAUUUGACAUCAGAAAUUUCCACUUUAAACGAAAAUAAUAAGAAACUUUAAUAUGUAUAUUUACAACCUUCGUUGAGUACGCUUCCCCCGUAUUUAUACGUCUGCGUUUCCUUCCGAGCUUCACAUCUUUCUAAAAUGCAACUUGGUUUUAAAAUAAAAGAACGUUCAUUUUGUGAUUCUAAACAACCUUCAGUAAAUACCACCAGUAUAGGACUGGUGAAUUUCUCAGCAUAAAAUCGACAUACCUAAAAAGUUAAUAAAAUUCAGCUCUUUUCCAAUUUCAUUGUUAUGCCUAUUGAAGUAUUAAUUGCAAGGUUUGAUUUUUAGUGAAGCUUGGAGUCCGUACUUUGAGCAGACCAAGUCAAGGGAAGAACAGAAAGAAACUCAGGAGUAGAGUAAUAUCACUUUUCACUUAACACCACUUUCAGGGCACAUCCAAAGAGUUCCUAGAUACUUGUAAAAUGUCUGAAAAUUUUUAAGUAAAAUAUUAAACUUUUCAAUGUUUAGCUCAACUUUUUGUUCAUUUGGAAGUUUCUCUCCGUCUGAGGACUUAAGCCAAUUUUGGAUUUGUAAGCCCUGAGUACAAUACACUUCCUGGAGGCAUCCUCACUGCUGUUGAAGCUGAGGCUGUGCAUGGGGUGGAAGGACGGCUUCGAACCUGGGACUCAGAUGCACUGAGAACAAAUAGAUUGUUACAGCCUUGGGCUGCUGCAUAAUCACAGUUCCUCGAGGCUCCUCCUGAGCACAUGCCCAGGCAUCUGCCUCUGGAGAGACUGACUCCAAAUUUAGGUGCUUCCAUUGGACCUAGGUUGGAGGCUGCUUUAUAUGACGAACUCCAGAAAUGGAUGCCAGAAUACGGAGGCCAAACGUUCUGAGUCCUGGUAAGGACAUUCACUCUGGGGAUCUUCAUUUUACUGCAGUUCCUGUGCGCCAGUGAAAGAGAGGAGAUAGACCCUGGAAGGCAGAGCUGCAAAUGCUCAUCAUGAGGUCAAUUCUGGAGCUACAAUUUUGUUUCUGACUGGAUGGGGAUGCACCGGUGACUGUCAAAUCAAACAGUCCUUUUAUUCUCUCUCCUUUAGUAUUGAUUUUAAAGGGCAUUAGGCACUAUGGUUCCAGAGUUUCUUGGGGAAACUUUGCAGAUUCUUAUUAAUUGGUUCUGCAAUACUUAAAUAAAUUAUUUUACAAUUAUAAGUUUUCAGAUUAUAACAUUUGUAUUAAUUUUUGCUGAUUUUCCAAGAUACUUCUUAGAUUUACUAUUUACGUAGCUUUAUGUACAUUCUCUGUAAAAAUAGACCUCUAAGUAUUGAGACUUUAUAUGAAAAUUGUACACACAUAUACACUAAAGUUAGCUCCUUAAAUUGCUGCACUAAGGUGCUGGUUAGUAGAGACGGACAGAGCCGCUUGCGUUUUGCGCUCAGAUGCAUUGAAGGCGCACGUGUACCUGCUCUCAGCGGCAGUGCGGCCUCCCCAUCUGCUGGGUGCCCAUGGCCCUCCCUGCAGCCUCAGUGAUGACCUCGUCUGCCAGGGACACAGGUUUUCAUCAUUUACAGGCUCUUAUGUGCUUGUUUUGUUGGUAGCACGUUAUUUGAUGCAGAAAGGCAGAAUUCUUACAAGUUUUUUUUUUAAAUGUGAACAUAGAUGCAGCACCGACUUUUUAAACUUGAAAAAACUGGUAUAAUGUUAACUUUUAAAAAUAACAUUUGGACACACUAGUAAUUGAUUUUUGUUUACAGAUUGUUUCGUUUACAAAUUGUUAGUCUUUGUUUCUAUGAGAUACUUUUAGUGUGACUUUUAAAAUGUCUUAGAAAUUAAAGUUGUACAAAAAGUGA